GUUGGAAUAAGCUGAAGACGAAAGUGUUACGCAGUGAUCUUAACCACUUGUUCCGUGGAUUUAUAUUCUUCAGCUUAAGCCGUUUAGGCCACACCACUCGCAUCCUGCGUAUAAUCAAAUGCUCUCUAUACUUAGUUGUUGAUUUGGGGGCUAAACAAGACCGGAAUUUUUUUUAUUUUUUUUUUCUGGUGUAAUCCCACUGGCCGAGUCGCUGCUUUCUAGCUACCAAGACUUCACCUGGGUUGGCUGCGGCCAUGUCUUUGCACGCGUUAAGAGCACGAUGCAUACCAAGACUUGUAAGAUCUAUUCCCAGCCAGCUGCUUGGCUCUUCAGGGCGCUGUACUAUCUCCCGACUCCCAUCAGUCAGGAGCAGAGUUGCAAAUAGGCAACAAAAAGCAGCAUAUAGCAGCACGUCGUCGUUGGACCUCAGUGCAGAGUUUGGUCAGAGCUGGGACGAGUACAAAGAAUUCUUUCAUUUCCCGCCAGCCUCGCUUGCUGCCGACUUCCAGGUUGGGCAGAAAGUUACGGUGCACGGCUUUUUGCAAAAGCGUCGUGACAGGUCUUCACGCCUUAGUUUUGUCGACAUCGUGGUUGACAAUGGACCUAGACUACAGCUCAAGUCUGAAUGGUCUGAAAAGGACUCGCCUGCGCACAUGGCCCACCAGCAGCUCAAGUCGGUGCCCGCAUGGAGCUCUGUUGCCGUCACCGCUCACGUGUCUAGUCUGAAAGAUGGCGGAAACACUGGAUCGACGCCAUCAUCAUUUGCUGGCGGCAGAUUCCCACCUGGCGUGAAUGAAGUGGAACUUGAACUCGUUUCCAUCCAGGCUCUGAACCCUUGGCCCAAGGACAUCAUUGUGUCUGAUGGUGUUCAGUUCCCAGCUACGGCUCGGCAUCUCCAGCUUCGGUUUUCUGAUACUCUGAGGGAGAGGAUGAGGUUUCGCCAACAUGUCAAGUCAAGCGUGACCGCGUGUCUGGAGAAGGAAAACUUCUCCGAGGUCGAGACUCCCAUCCUCUUCAAAUCGACCCCUGAAGGAGCCCGCGAGUUUCUGGUGCCAACAAGGCGACCGGGGCUCGCAUAUGCCUUGCCACAAAGCCCCCAGCAGUAUAAGCAGACGCUCAUGGCUGCUGGCUUUGGUGGAUACUUUCAGUUUGCGCGAUGCUUUCGAGAUGAGGAUCUAAGGGCAGACAGACAGCCCGAGUUUACCCAGUUGGACAUGGAAAUGUCAUUCGCAACGGGGGAGGAUGUCAUGCGGACUGUCGAAAUGCUCAUCAAACAACUGUACAAUAAUGUUGCCACAAAUUUUGUUCAGGUUGUCGAUACGGACGGCUGGCAUCCCGUCAGCCGCAAGAGACAGUGUGGGAAACGAGGCAGCUCCGAAGAAAGUGUCCGAGAUUUUCCUUCCAUCGACGAUGGGCCGCUUCCACGCAUGUCAUACCAAGACGUCAUGUCGCUCUACGGGUCCGACAAACCAGAUCUGAGGAUACCAGGCCAGAUUGAGCGCGUGGAACAUGUGCUGCCAGCUCAGUUUGUCAGCAUGAUCUCAGAAAUCGACAACCCAAUCAUUGAUUGCUGGCGGUGCACACUCGAUGGGGGCUCGCCACGAAAAUACCAGAAGUUUUUCAGCAAAAUCCUUUCCAACCUUCCCCUUGGUCUAAACCGUAACCCCGAUGGCGAGCCUGUGAUACUGGUGCACGACUCCAGCAAGCCCCUGAACGGCUUCUCAUCACUCGGCUUCGAGGCCGCAGAGAAACUAACAUCCGACAUGCAAGAUGGUGACGUGCUCAUCCUGCAAGCCCGCAAGAACCGCCCCUUCGAGGGAGGAUCCACCGCCCUCGGCACACUUCGCUCUCUUAUCUACAACGAGGCUGUGGCAGCCGAAUACAUACCAGCGGACCCGUCCUUUAAGUUCCUUUGGGUUACGGGCUUCCCGCUAUUCACUCCGGCCAACGAGGGCACAACGGACCCUGGCCAGGGUGGAUCGGCAGGAUUCUCGUCGACACACCACCCCUUUACGGCGCCGCUCACGUCCCAGGACUUUGAGCUUCUGGCUACGGACCCGCUGCGAGCCAAAGCGGAUCACUACGACCUCGUGCUGAACGGGUGCGAACUCGGUGGCGGCAGCAGACGUAUCCACGUGGCUCAUGUCCAAGAGUUUGUUUUUCGCAGCAUCCUCAGGAUGACCGACACCGGCGUCGCGCAGUUCCGCCACCUGCUCGAGGCGCUAAGGGCCGGGUGUCCACCGCAUGCCGGCUUCGCGCUCGGCUUUGAUCGCCUCGUGGCCAUGCUGAGUGGCACCGGGUCGGUCAGGGACGUCAUUGCGUUCCCCAAGUCUAUGAAAGGUGAGGAGCCGUUCGCCGGGAGCCCAAGCUUCAUGACCGAGGAGCAGCUUGAGACGUACCACCUGCGGCUGAGGGAUGGAAAGCCCGUAAAGUCCUGAAUUUGGUCUUGAUGAGAGAGGCCUACCCCCCCCCCCCCCCAGGAAGGC